AUGACCAACGAUUUCGUAGACCUGUCGCACAAGCUGAACGAUUCCGUUCAAAUAUAUCCAGGCGACCCCGCCUUCUGCUGCAAACAAGCCUGCACGGUGCCCAAAGACGGCUACAGCGUCCACGCGCUCUCCAUGGGCUCCCAUACCGGCACCCACGUUGACGCGCCGUCUCACUUUGUCCUCGACGGCGCGGCCAUCGACGAACUGCCGCUAUCGCUGUUCGUCGGCCCCGCUCUGGUCAUCGACGUUUCAAAGGCGGGUACCCUUGCCCCAAAGGCCCGCAUAACGUGGGAUGACCUGCAGGCAUACGAGGCGCGCAUGCGGCCAGGCGUCGUCGUGCUCGUGCACACCGGCUGGGCGCGGCACUGGGGCUCUCCCGUCUACUUCGACCACCCGUUCCUAACGCGCGACGCGGCGCAGGGGAUUAUGCGCGCCGGUGUCAAGACAGUGGGCAUCGACACCCUGAGCCCCGACGAGACACACACGGGGGACGUGCCUGCGGAUGCUGAUUGGGGCGUUCACGAGACGGUGCUUGGGGCUGAAGGCGUCAUCGCCGAAAAUCUGAAGGGCUUGGAGCAGCUUCUGGCAGGAGAGUGGACGGUACAUGUGGCGCCGCUGAACUUGACCGGGGUAGACGGAUCGCCUGUCAGGGCGUAUGCGACGAGAAACUGGAUAGCCUGA